AUGAAUAUUACAAAUGUGACCGUCCCCGGCGUCGUGGGUAUGAGCAAGGGUGGGAGCGCGGAGUUGACUGUCCCCCUUGAUAUUGUCGACGCGCCCCUGGCGACGCUGAGUCCCGCGAGCCUGCUGACGACGCCGCUGCUGCAUGGGCGCGCGGAAAUGCGGGUGGUGGUUGGCACUGCAGCGCGCGUGAAAUACUGGGGCAUCUCGUCGCCGCGCGUUAUGGUGCAUGUGGAAUGCACGAUGCAGCUGGACCCGUUUUCUGCUAAGAAGUACAACGAGCAGUGUACACCCAGCAUCUCACUUUCCCACUCAACAAUCGCUUCCCCCUCCCACCCCGCUUCCCCUUCCCACCCCGCUUCCCCCUCCCACCCCGCUUCCCCCUCCCAACCCGCUUCCCCCUCCCAACCCGCUUCCCCCUCCCACCCCGCUUCCCCCUCCCACCCCGCUUCCCCCUCCCACCCCGCUCCCCCCUCCCACCCCGCUUCCCCCUCCCACCCCGCUUCCCCCUCCCACCCCGCUUCCCCCUCCCACCCCGCUCCCCCCUCCCACCCCGCUUCCCCCUCCCACCCCGCUUCCCCCUCCCACCCCGCUUCCCCCUCUCUCUCCCCUUACCCCCUCUCUCUCCCCUUCCCCCUCUCUCUCCCCUUCCCCCUCUCUCUCCCCUUCCCCCUCUCUCUCCCCUUCCCCCUCUCUCUCCCCUCCCCCCUCUCUCUCCCCUCCCCCCGCCCUCUCCCAUUUCCCCCCCCCUGCCAGCCAUCACUCGCCUCCCUGCCACCCGCCGCCCCUAUUCUUCGGAAGCUUAUCCUCAGCGCAUGCCCAUCGAUUGAUGGGGCCGGCGUCUUUCGGCCGUAUCUUAAGGUGUUUCGGAGGGGAGCACAAGUGAGCAGCAGUGUCUUGCCUGGGGAGGUGAGGCGUGGGGGAGGUGAAGCGUGGGGGAAGUUCCUCCAUCCUUCCCCACAGGGUCAGCCUGGAUGGCGCCCUUUGAGGUCAACGCCCCUGUGUGGGGCGACUGGCUAUGCCUCCCCCCUUUCCCCAUCGCCCCAUUCUCCCCUUCCCCACUCCCCACCCUUCCCACCCGCAUACCUCCAGGUGCCGCCCUCCUUCCCUACUGGUUCAGCCUGGAUGGUGCCCUUUGAGAUCAACGCCCCUGUGUGCCGCCAUCCUUCCCCACGGGGUCAGCGUGGAUGGUGCCCUUCGAGGUCAACGCCCCUGUGUGGGGCGACUGUGCAUUCGCCGUGCAUCAGUGGACAGGUAGCAUUUGGGAAGGUAGCUCGUGGGGAGGUAGCACGUGAGGAGGUAGCAUGUGGGGAGGUAGCAUGUGGAGAGGUAGCACAUGGGGAGGUAGCACGUGGGGAGAUACCACAAUGGGUUCGUACACCCUCCUCUUCCCAUCUCUAUCCCCUCCACCCUUCUCCCCUUUUUCUACCAUCCCAUCUGCUCGACUGUGCGUAUGGGGGAGGCAAGUACCCGCCGAUUUCCCCUCUUACUACCCAACCAGCUCAGCUCCUCCUCUACUGCUUCACUUUUCCUCCCCUCUGUUCACCCCCUUUUCUACCACCCCAGCAGCUCAGCUGUGCCUACGGGGGAGACAUCCAAGUGCCUUCUUCAUUGAGGAAAGGAGAGGGGGACUUCAAUAAUGUACUCAUAGAGAUACCACGCCCACCUCUCCCUUCUUCCCCCCCUGCACACCCCUUUCCCUUUCCCCUCCCCCGCUCGUCAACUCGACUGUGCCUACGGGGAGACAUCCAAGUGACUGCAGACCCUAGCAAGCAGACCCUGCCUUCUCUUUCCCUUCUCCCCCUCCUCCUCCUUUCCCCGAACCAGCUUGACUGUGCAUACGGGGGGGACAUCCAAGUACCGGCCGAUUUCUUCAUCGACGUGCUGAUUGAUAUGCCGCAGCCACGUGGCGGCGUGACAUUGGCCGACGCCAACCCCGACGGCGCGCCAGCUGGCACGAUGCUGACGUGGCAGCAGCUUCUGGCGGCGUACCGGGGCGACUUUGUGGAAGCUUCCAGGAAGCAGCGGAUGGCUCAAGAGAGGGAAGAGACGAGGCUGGGGAGAGCUGAGGCAGAGUGGAGUGAGCGGGAGGGAGAGGAAGGAGUGAACGGGAGAGGCAGCAGCACGUUCACAUCGGAUCAGCAAGAGCAUUUCAAACGGGAGAUUUCUCAAAGUGCUCUUGCAACGGAGGCAGUAGACGGUAGGGGCAGGGUGCCUCCGUUGCAAGAGCAACAGAGGGACCGGAGGGAUGCAGUGGGGGAUGGGGUGGGGGAUGAGAGGAGGAGCCUGGCUCGCAGCCUGGUGACAGAGGUGCAAGCCCACCCUCUCCUGCGCCACACAGGACAAGCAAGCCACCCGGGCAUGCUGUGUGUGCUGUCCAUGCCGCCCGGCGUGGCAUCCACGCCGCCCGGAACGGCGUUCAUGUCGCCUGAAGUGAUGUCCUCUCGAUACGAGUUCCCUCCCACUCCCACAACGCCUCACAUGCCGCCCUCCCCCCACUCGCCCCUUCCCCACUCACCCCUCCCCCAACUUGCAUCCCUUUCCGAAGAUUUCAGCCUCUCCCAUUCCUCCUCUGCUGCUCCUCUCUCCUCCGCAAGCCAGCCGUCACAGGAGCUCGACUCUCUAGCUGAUCUCCUCAUUCGCAUGUCUCUGUCUACAGGCUCGCGCCAUAGCAUGGGCGCCUCAGGCAAGCUUGCUGCGCCUGUGAUGGGGGGAAAGCAGGGAGAAGGGGAAGGGGGGAGGGUGGAGGGGGAAGGGGACCUUUUCCCCCCUGCCCGCCCCUUGCACUGGUCCAAAGUGACUAAUGUGAAAGGGACAGUAAAAGCAACAAAAUCAGGUGGAAAGUCGAAGACAGGAGGAGGGGUGCAAGGAGAAGGGGGAGGACAGGGGGGGAGGAAGGGACUAGGGAAAGAUGAGUUACAAGUGGUUGGUUUGGCUCGCGCUAACAACGUAGCCAUCAUGCUCACUCAAUUCCGCAUGCCCGAGAAUCAAAUCCGAGAUCUGAUCCUCGCAGGAGAUCCUAAGCACGUGCUGCCACCUGACCGCCUGGGCCUGCUGCUUCAGGUGAUUCCAACAGAGGAGGCGGCGAGGGUCAGAGCAGUCUCAGGUGCUGCUUCAGGUGCCAUGUGUGCACCUGAGCGCUUCCUUUGGUCCAUAUCCCUGAUCCCAAGAAUGAGGAGGAAAAUCGAGGCGCUAAUGUUUGUGCGGCAUUUUCACACCAUAGUCAAUGAUGCCCGGGCAGUCAUAAAAGUUUUUUGUCCUGCAGCCCGAGCGAUUCGCAGCAGCAAGAUUUUCCGGGCAGCGCUUGCAGCGGCGCUUGAAGUGGGGAACGAGCUCAACCGAGGCAGAGCAAGGGGUUCAGCCCGCGGGUUCUCUCUGGAUUCCCUCGCCCGCCUGUCAGAGGUGCAAGUCACUCCUCCAUCCCACCGUGCCAAGGGCCUCGACACACUGUUAACCGCCUCCCAGGUGGCUUCUGAGUCGACGCAGAAGUCAAACUCCUCCCAGAUUCUGCCUCCUGGCUCUCGAUUCUCGCGCACACAGUCCUUCCCUGUCACUCGUGCCAAUGCCCCCUCAUCCACCUCCUCCUCCUCGUCCUCGUCCUCCCCAUCCCCUUCCCCGUUUUCCUCCUCUUCCUCCUCCUCUGCUCGUCCCUCCUCCCCGUUCCCCACAUCCUCAACCCUCGCUGCCACCACACCUGCAGCCUCCCCUUUCCCUUCCCACCCUUCCCACCCUUCUCAUCCCUCGCCCCUGAUCGCCGGUGCAACAACGCUCCUCGACGUGGUGGUGAUUAUAACGAGGGGAAGCGACUCAACCAGCGCAGAGGGGGGAGAGGAGGGAGCAGGGGAAGUGGGGAGCAGCCUUGUGGGCAGUGCAGUCAGAAACAAGGGAGGAGAGGGGGGAGCAGGGAGGCGAGGGAAGCUGACAGUAGAGCUGGCAGCAGUGGGGGAGGCUGUUAGGAUGUUCCAGGCUGAGGUGGCGGAUGCCACGUCAGCACUGGACACUGGCCUGCGAUUGGUGGAUGAGGAGGUGCGGCUUCUGCAGCAGGAGAGAGAAGAGGCGAGGCUGGAGGAGGGGGAGGCAGAUCAGGAGGAGGAGGAGGAGGAAGAAGAGCGGAAGGAGAGGGAGGAGGGACAGGGGAAGGGGCACGAUAGCAAGGGUGAGGUGGAGAGGCAGCGGAAGGGGAAGAGGGUAGGGGAGGGCGGGCUGAUGACUGUGCUAGCAGAGUUCAGAUUGAGUGCAAGGAAGGAGAGGGAGGAGCUGGCCACGGAUGCUGAGGAGUGCAGGUCAACACUUCGACAGCUGGCAUGCUACCUUGGGGAGUCAAAACCCCAACCGUCGACAUCAGAUGCGCUGUUUGCAUCGCUGUGGUCGUUUGCCACUCUCUUUGAUCGAGCACAAGCGGCGCUUCACAUGUGA